AUAAUCUGUAAAAGAAACGGAAUGUAAACUAUAUAUACAAGCAGAUGUAAAAUAAAAACCGGUCAAGUGCUAGUCGGACUCGCGCAUGUAGAGUUCAAGAAAAAAAAAUCCAAUGACGGAUUCAAAUUUCCAACCGCAAUUUUUUAAGUUUGUAAUCGCUAAUAUUUGACAGUCAGUUAUAGUUACAUAUAUAUGGGAGCCCCCUUUCAUUUAUUAUUAUUAUUAUUUGUUGUUAUAGCGGCAACAGAAAUACAUAUUCUGUGGAAGUUUCAACUUUCUACCUAUUAUGGGUCCGCGAGACGAUCAAGUGCACUUGACAAUUCUACGUGCUUGAAGUGAAUAUUUAUCGUUUACAGCGUUGACUUGACAAGUCCCGUCAAGUAUCUACGGGCUUGAUCAUACUUGACAAAAAAUUUGAUUGACGGCACUUGUACCACCUUGCGCUUGAUGCGACUUGACGCGACUUGACAAGUUUUAUUCAUUUGCGGCCGGAACAUCGAAGAUGGCGGACGACGAACCGGACCGAGACGUGGCUUUGGCGGCAAGCGCCGACCUAAUUACCGAGCGUGAUUUUGUGUUAUUAUUAAUAUCUCUCUACAGAGAUCAUCCUGCAUUGUGGAAAAUUAAAAGUAAGGAGUAUGCGGAUAAAAACAAAAGGUCGCUUGCUUUAUCAAGCAUAGUCAAAGCACUUCGAGUAUAUAAACCUGCCUACACCGAAGAUUUAUUGAAGAAAAAAAUUAAUGCUUUAAGAACCAACUUCAACAAAGAAAGAAAAAAGAUUGAACAAGCACAACGGUCUGGCGUGUCUCCCGAUGAUGUACCAAAACCGUCACUCUACUAUUACAAUGAACUGUUAUUUCUGUCAGACCAAAUGUGUAUAAGUGAUACUGAAAGCAGUUUAAGCAGUGAGUUUUCCUUGUCAUCCAAUUAUCAAAAAGAGAUGUCACAAUCAAAGAAAAGCAAAAACACAUCACAGCAGGACCUGAUAGAUAUAGCAUCACAUUAUUUCAAAAAACCUGAUGACUCUGAAUCGGAUAUUAUUGCGAAGGGCUGGGCUCUUAAACUCAAACGUUUAUCACCAGAUCAAAGACGCUAUGCGGAGAAAAUAAUAAAUGACAUUUUAUUUGAAGCCGAAAUGGGAUCACUGUCAAGAAACGGAGUUCAGAUCUUGCCUGCUAGCUCGCCCACAUACACAUACUUAUACCAGUCACCCGCAUCACAUCAGUCACCAUCACCUGUGCUAUCACCAAAUGCUCUCCACUCAACUACGACAUACCAGUCACCAUCACCGUAUCAGUCACUAUCACCUGUGCCAUCACCAAAUGUACACCACUCAACCUUUAAAUACCAGUCACCAUCACCAAGUGGGCACCACUCAACUUUGACAAACCAGUCACCCGCACCAUAUCAGUCACCAUCACCUGUGCCAUCACCAAAUGUACACCACUCAACCUUUAAAUACCAGUCACCAUCACCAAGUGGGCACCACUCAACUUUGACAAACCAGACACCCGCACCAUAUCAGUCACCAUCACCUGUGCCAUCACCAAAUGUACACCACUCAACUUUGACAAACCAGUCACCCGCACCACAUGAGUCACCAUCACCUGUGCCAUCACCAACUGUACACCACUCAACCUUGACAUACCAGUCACCAUCACCACAUCAGUCACACUCACAAGUCAUAGGCAAGACACCGGUGCAUGAUACCAAAUCAUCUCAACCUAUGCAAGUGCCAAUUCUAUCUCGUGAACACCCCGUAAUUUAUAUACCAGUCCCAGCUACUCAAGAAGAAGAAUCACAGACUGCGGCUAAGUUCUUACAACACUUCUAUUCUUUUUAAUUUCACCAUCACAUUAAGUAUUUAAUUUUUGUUAU